GAAGGCGGCGGGCCUCGGGGGCGGGGCUGCACUGAGGAGCUGAGACGGCCGCGGCUGCUCGUCCUGGCUGGCGGGGCGGGGGUCUGGCGAUGGGGGCGGGAGGAACAACGGGCCGGUGAGUGCCGCGGCCACCGUCCCCGCCGAGCUCGCGCGGGCAGCCGCUGCGCCGUCGCUGCCGCCCGACCCCCUGAGAAGAGAACGUUGAAGCAGCCCUCCGCUAGCGGCCGCGGUGACAGCCCGGCUUCGGCGCGAUGAACCGCGGUGGCAGCAGCGCGUCGGCCUCGGCCAACUACCUGCUCUGCACCAACUGCCGGAAAGUGCUGCGGAAGGACAAAAGAAUCAGAGUGUCUCAACCCCUGACAAGAGGACCAAGUGCCUUUAUUCCAGAGAAGGAAGUUGUCCAAGCAAACACAGUGGAUGAACGAACAAAUUUUCUUGUGGAAGAGUACUCUACAUCUGGUCGCCUGGACAACAUCACACAGGUGAUGAGCUUGCACACUCAGUACCUGGAAUCUUUCUUGCGGAGCCAGUUCUACAUGCUGCGUAUGGAUGGCCCCCUUCCCCUCCCAGACAGGCACUACAUUGCCAUCAUGGCUGCAGCCAGACACCAGUGUUCCUACCUGAUAAACAUGCAUGUGGAUGAAUUCUUAAAGACUGGAGGGAUUGCCGAGUGGCUCAAUGGCUUGGAGUAUGUGCCACAAAGACUGAGAAAUCUUAAUGAAAUUAACAAGCUGCUGGCACACCGGCCCUGGCUGAUCACAAAAGAGCACAUUCAGAAACUUGUCAAAACUGGAGAAAAUAACUGGUCCCUGCCUGAGCUAGUGCACGCCGUGGUCCUCUUGACUCACUAUCACGCUUUGGCCAGCUUUGUUUUUGGUAGUGGCAUCAAUCCAGAGAGAGACCCAGGAAUCGCCAAUGGCUUCAGACUAAUCUCCGUGAGCAGCUUCUGUGUGUGUGACCUGGCCAAUGACAACAGCAUCGAAAAUGCCUCCCUGGCAGGCAGCAACUUUGGGAUUGUGGAUUCCCUAGGUGAGCUAGAAGCCUUAAUGGAAAGGAUGAAAAGGCUUCAGGAAGACAGGGAAGAUGAAGAGACUACUCGGGAAGAAAUGACCACGUGUUUUGAGAAGGAAAAGAAAGAAAGUCUCUUUGUGGUCCCUGGAGAGUCUUUCCAUUCGUUUCCUCACUCAGAUUUUGAAGAUGACAUGAUCGUAACAGCUGAUGUCUCUCGAUACAUCGAAGACCCAGGCUUUGGGUAUGAAGACUUUGCCAGGCGAGGAGAAGAACAUUUGCCAACAUUCCGAGCCCAGGACUACACCUGGGAAAAUCAUGGGUUCUCGCUAGUGAACAGGCUUUACUCUGACAUCGGGCAUCUCCUGGAUGAGAAGUUUCGAAUGGUCUACAAUCUCACCUACAACACAAUGGCCACCCAUGAGGAUGUUGACACGACCACACUGCGCAGAGCUUUGUUUAACUAUGUUCACUGUAUGUUUGGAAUCAGGUAUGAUGACUAUGACUAUGGAGAAGUUAACCAGUUACUUGAACGGAGCCUGAAGGUUUAUAUCAAGACAGUAACCUGCUACCCUGAGAGAACCACGAAGCGCAUGUAUGACAGCUACUGGCGGCAGUUCACCCACUCAGAGAAGGUCCAUGUGAAUCUUCUUCUGAUGGAAGCACGGAUGCAGGCUGAGCUGCUUUACGCUCUGCGGGCCAUAACUCGGCAUCUGACCUGAAGCACCUGCAGGAAGGUGUCAGCAUGCAUCCAGGCCUCUCACCCGGGACUCCCAUCAGAACUUGUUUGUGACGCACCUCAGCAGUUACUCGGUUCUCUAGUGUCAAAGUAUAGCUGUCGGGGUUGUUGUUUUUGUAUUUGAUUUGAUUUUUGUUUUGUUCUUGUUGUUAGGGUUGUUUUGGUGGGUUUUUUUUUUCCUUUUUUUUUUUUCCGGCUGUCAUGUGCAAUGGUGUGUUUUAUAUUUCUCGAUGCUUAACAUUGCUAACAAUUGCAGAGGUAACCCUGACGAGUACUACUUUACAUUGUUAGAGUUGGAUUUUCGGAUCUGACCAUAAAUCAUGAACUGGUUUGUUAAUGCUUCACUUCAGUACUUUGAAGUUCAUAUGUAUGUGUAUUAUUUUUCUUUACUUAAAAAAAAAAUAAGGAAAAGUGCUUACAAUCCGCUCAAGCAGUUGUUUUUCAGAUAUCAACUUUCAGCAAAGAAUGGUGUCCUCUCCUGCUCUAAAAUCCCACAUGUGUCCUGGAGUCUGGGGAAAAGCAUGUGCUGCUGAACCAAGCUCUUCAGGCAAGGCCUGUGUCCCCAGGAGAGCAUCAGGCCCUGUUGUGUUUAGUUUAUCUGACUUUCUUACACUGCUAUUGGCAAUAACGUGAAAUGUGAUACAGACAUCAUCCAUAAUUUAAUGUGAAAUUAAUUAUGAUAAAUUCUAUAGCAUGCUACUGAAAUCCAAGUUCAGCUACUUUGUCUUCUAAAGCAGAGGCCCCGUUUCCCACAUGGCUCGCUGUCUGUGUGGCAGUGGACUGAGAUACAGUCCGAGUCCUGGGCUGUGGCUCUCCAUCGUCCCCUCUGGGAGCUGGUGCCCACAGUGCUGCUUACAGCACCCUCCCACACUUGGUACACACAAGCUCACACCCACAACUCUGACCAAAUGUUUCUUUGCACAUUCUCCUUUUCUGAGAGUUAAGGAUGGUUAGUUAAUAGACCCCUAAUUCUUCCUGUUACACUUUUGGAAAUUAUUUUACUUGAUUUUCUCUUAUAAUAGCUUAAGUAAUUUGUUAUUCAAAGGUAAAAAUUGUGUUUCUGUGCAUUCAUGUGAUUGAGCAGCAACAAAACAGUGCAAUGUUGUUUAGAAAUCAGCUGAGCUCCCCUAUCAUGUCACUGCAGAAGUGUCCUUUUAAACAGAGCCAUAAAGAAAUGACCUUCCCAUUUCUUUACUGUGCUAGGUGUUUUUCGGUUUUACCUUGCUGGGGCUGAACAGUGGCAUUACCAUGCCAAAGUAUUCUUUCCCCAGAAAAAUCUGUUUGGGCAACUAGGUUAAAACAAAGCAAAAUAAAAACAAAAACACAGCAUUGUCAUAGGGGAGAAAAAAGGCAGCCAAAACCUCACAUUUUUGCAUCAAUUUAUGUUGUUUGAUUAGACUAUCUUCAGAGAGCACAACCUUCUGUGUUUAUAGCUUUAAUUUCCAUUAUGUUAAUGAACCAGUGAAGUGCCUAGAGAGCUGCCCCAGCCCCUGGAGGACUCCAGCUGAGCACCUUUGCUUGAUGAAAGGUGACUGCAUUCUGCACAUCCAUGCUAAUCUGGCCGUCCUUGUCUGUCACAGGAAGUCAUUCAGGGAGCUCUCACAGAGAGCUCACUUGGGGUUUCCUUGUUAUGUGGGAGACUUCUCUUAUGAAAGGCCCGUGGGCCUCUGUUCUGUUAGGCUGUGCUCCCCUUCUGUCUGCUGCCCUUUUCUGGAUGUUAGUUAGCUCCUUUUCCUUGAGAUUUUUGUUCCAGAGAGGAAAACAAAGAUGGCUGUAGACCUGUCAGCAUAGGUAGUCUUAGACUCCAGGAGCUUGUUUAAAAUCCUCCAUGUGAGGAAAAAGGUUUUGAAGACAGGGUGGUUUCUGUAAAGAGCCUAUUCAGAGAACCUGUGCCAGGUUUCCUGUGUUCUGCCGGGGUGUGGCCUGUGUGCUUGCUCACCUUCCUCUUUCGAUUGUCUGAACUACAGGAAGUUCUUAGAGGCUGGGAAGCCCAGGGCUGGUGCCCCAUGCUAAGGCUUUCAUUUAGGAUGAGUUUAGUAUUGGUUUUUAAAAGUGUUAGAAACAGCUUCACUUCCUAGCCCCAGAUUUUGUGCAGGUGAACUGAAUGGCGGAUGGAAAUAGUUUCUAUGUACUAAGAGGAGGAAUUCUCAUGGAACCCUGAAUAAGCUUUAGACCAAAAGGGAAAACAAGAGUUAAAACUACAGUGACCACUUACGUUUUGGUUUUGGUUUUGUGUUGCCCCAGAAGUGUAAGUGUAGAGAUUGGGCUGUGGAAAUCAUUAGUGCCUUCAAUAGAUUUCUCUCCUAGCAAAGCUUCCUUUUAGUUCAACAGGACCAGUCAAUAAUCAGGAGAAUAAGUGCAUAAAAACACAGCAAUGUAUUUAUGAACCUCAGUGAACCAGCCUCAAAAAGCUGAUUUGUGAAGGCGGCCCACCUCCAUGCUUCAGUGUGUACAGCAUUCCCGCUGGGCAUGCCCUGGUGAGAAUUUGCUGUUAACCCUCCUUAUCCAGUGCAAACUUGAAAUUCUGAUGCGGUUCUCCAGGGUGGCAUUUUUUUUUCCAGAGUAUUGAAUUUACGAUGUAGUAAUUUAUAGUGUAGCUUUUUAUACAUAAAUGUGAUAUUUUUAAAAGGAGCUACCUGACUCAGUCGGUAUAAUAACAGAGCCUAUUAUAAGCUGAGCUGCACUCGGGGCUCACACUGUGCCAAACAUAAGCGUGCAAGUGUGUGUGAAAAGCACGUCUGAUUGUGAAGCCCUCAACUCCCUGCUCCUUGUGUUAAAGUCAGCCUGAACUCCAUGCUGGUUCAUGGCAUGGAUGGUUCAGUUUGGAAUUUCACAUUUGCCAGCAUCUACACUAAUUCUUAAUCUCUCAGAUCACUAUAGAAAUCAUCAAGGAAGUUGGGCUUGGUGGCACACACCUAUAAUCCCAGUAUUUGGAAGCCUGAGGCAAGAAGAUGGUGGUUUUGAGGCCAGCCUGAGUGAUACCCUGUUUCAAAAACUAAAAAAGAAAAAGAAAUAUGUAAGUACCCUUACGUGCGAAAGUGGGCGCGCCCACUUGUCUGUGGAAGUGGUUGGAAUGCCCCGGCUGCCUGAGAAGUGGUUUCUCAGGCCAGGCUUCCUCAGGCAGACUUGUGAUACUCAGAGGGGAAAAGGCUUUUGAGAUGAGACUACUUUUAAAAAUAAGUACCUUGUUUCAGUCCUAGGAAUAUUUUGCCACCCCUCAGGGUGCUCUGUAAAUCAGAGGGUAGCUAACAUGGAGCCUCAGCCUUUUGAACCAGUUUUAAAUCCAAUAAUAGCACAGAUGUAUAGGGCUAUUUUUAAAGGAGAAAAGUGAAGUAAGAUUUAUAUAAAGGUCAUGUAAAAUUUGAGCCAGAGCCCUAUUUUGUUUAUGUUAUGACUCUUAAAGAUUUUAAUGAUUCUAAGAUCUAAUGGAUGUCAUCCAGGGGAACACUUCCUCCUCCACCUCAGAAGGUUUCGCUAAUCCAAAAUCCCAGACUUUUAUGCCACACCAAAGUAAAUUUAUCAGCAAACAGUUAUAGAUUAUUACUCAAAAGUCAUCUCUUCCCGUGGCAAGUGUAUGCCUAUAUAAUAGUAAGGCUUCUUUAAACUCAAAGACAAGGAAAAAAGAACAAAUCCCGUGUGUACCAUAAAGACAAUGUGUGCUGCGACAGGCAAAUAAGGUUUUUACUUUGUGUUAUGUUUUAACAACAACUCUAAAUCAUUGCCCUCAUUCUCUGUGAAAAGGGCCAUCUUGCAUGGAAUAAAAAAUCUUGCAAGAUGUUCCAAAUAAGCAUUCUUAGUGGUACUUCACCAGCAAGCAGAAAGGCAACUCCUCUGUGGAGAGGGCACUGUAAACUAUGUGCCCUUGCAACAGGAACCAAUUCUAGGUGGCUGUCACUCUGCACUGCUCUCUGUGGAGACUCAGAUACAGACUCAAAGCAGGCCAUUCCAUGAAUGUAUCCUGUCAGUCCACAGAGCUUUUUCCCAUGCAUCUAUCUGCAGCUGAUCUCACUCCUAAUUUAACCCUGUCAAAAAUACCACCGGCUUAGGUAAGACCAAGAACAGAAAAGGCUGAUGGGAAGUGGCCUGGAGCGGAGCAGUGCCUCCAGGCUGAGUGUGAGGAAGAACACCUGGACCGCAGAGUGGAGACUCUGCAGUCCUUGGAAAAUGCAUCUGCUAGAAAGGCGGGAGCUCCCGCCGCCUGUGUCCACCCUUUCCUGCCUUCCUCUUCCUCCAAGUGCCUCAGCCCCGCUCACUCUCCUCUCUCCCCGGGUCUGUCUGGGUCUUACUGCCUUCACAGUUGCACAUCACCAGCCUCCUGCUAAUCAUCACCAGUGUGACGUGUCUUUUCCUGAGUACAUUUCCCCCAUCAUUAAAAACAUGUCUUUCCUCAGCUCCCUCCAAGUCUCUCCACCGUCUAUCUCUGCUACCUUACCAGAUAUGUCAUGGCAUCAAAGGCGUCCUGUUUACCCCUGCUGCUUAUACCAUCUUCCCGGCUGCCGAAACAUCUUGCUGUCCUCUACCUCAUCCCCAAAGAGCCUAUAAACUCAGAGCACCCAGCCUUCUCAUGGGUUCAUUCUCUGCUGUUCAGUAAUACUAGUCCAUAUUUUAAAUAAAUCAUAAAACCUUUGCCUUCUAUCUAUCAAAGUAGAAACCUUUAUAUUUAUACAUGAUACAGAAAUUGAACUAUUUCUACCACACAGAAUUUAACAUUUAGCAGGAACUCAGAGUGGUUGAAUGGCUAGCCUAACUUGGUCUGUAUUAGUUAGUGGAUACUGGUGAUAGACCCGGUAGCUUGAAUGUAGAGUUGAAAUUCCUCAACAGUCCAGAUUCCUAGCAGACAAAUGAGGUAAUGUUUUAGACAACAGUUUCUUUGGUGGUGUUUGGGCCUUAAAACACAUUUCUCAUAGAGGACAUCUAAUGAAAGGCUUUUAGAAGGUCAGAUUGCAUCAUAUUAGCCUAUUUGAUGUAUAAUGUAGAUAAAAAAUCCCAGAAAACUGGGUACAUCUGAAUUUGACUUGAUUACGCUUCAAACCCCAACCCUCCCUGUUCCAGAUGGGAGAAAACUUACCUUGUGAGAUAAGGAGAGAGUUGGCUUGAGUCUGUAUUCCCCCUGUUGGCUCUUCGUGUAUGCCCAGAUAGUAUCAUUAAGGAAGAGAGUGAUGUACAGAGGCAGGAAUGCAGUUUCUCCCCUCCAGCCAGGCUCCUGGCAGGAGAUACCCAUUCACAUGUAGAUGGCUGGCAGCCCUGCCUCGUUUGGGAGUGUAGAUCUGAGAUCUCUAAUGGUCUUCAGAUGUGUCCAUCCCAGGUGUGGAUACCCCAACCUGACAAUGCCCAAUUAAUGCAUUUAAAGGCCCAAGAGUGAAGAAGGGGCCUAGGCGGGCAGUGACUUGGCCACUGGAAGGGACACAUCAUGAGGCGUUCAUUUAGCUUUAACUAAAUUAGGACUGCACUGCCACGAAGGACAGAACUGAAAGAGUAAAGGAGUGUCUGCUUCUGAAUGCAUGUGGAAAGCUUUGAGGUGGCCCAGCCUGUGCUGUCAAGUAUCUUCGAGAACGAGCAUCCCACUUUAUAGUUCAUAGGACCCCAAACAUUAGGAAUGGAAAUAUGAUAAAUAUAAUUUUGGUAUGUAAAAUUUUGCUAAAACUAUCUAUUUCUUACUCAAAGUAACCUCUUAAGAUGAAUGUAUCAUUUUUACAGAAAGAAUGUUAGAGAGAGUCUAUGGUCUUUAGUAUUAAAAUAUUGCUCACAGGUACCACUGAGUUAAAUGUACACAUUAUAUAAAAAAGAAACCAGAUUUCUUAAUUGAUCUUUACAAACUUUAACCAGCUCUCCCAGUCUGUAAAAGGACAAAAGGUAGAACGUAGGAAAUGUGUCAGCUGGGUGGCUGAGGAUUUUUCCUUUAUAAAGCAGAGAUUAUAUCUCUUUCCUGAUUCUCACUGGUUUCCCAGAAUAGAGCCUGAGUUAACCGGUACCCUGACCACCAAGGAUGGUGAUCCGGAUGACUUUAUGCCUAGAGCAGACAUUUCCUUUGCAUUUGGAUGUCUCUGCAGGAGAGGAAGUAGGAGAUUUUUCUUUCUUCUUCCUCUUCACAUUUACUCUUUUUAUCCAAAACAAGAUGGACAUUGGAAGCAAACCCCAGGCCACUUGGGCAUCUUCUUUAUACUAAUUGAACAGGCGUGCACACAGUCUGGGCAAGGUAAAGGAGAACCCUGCCAGGUCACCGUGGAAACAUGGCCUUGCCACUUGGCUUAGCUCCUGCAAACCUGAAAGAAACGUUCCUCAUCAUGGAAGAACUGGAUGUAGCUUUUAACUUACGAAAUAGGAGUUGAACUUGAAGCCCUUCUAAAUCCUGGUUGUGCAGGGCAGCUGCAUAAUGAAUGUACACAUGAAGACUGUAGCUGAACUGCACGAGUCAGAUGCCAACUUCAUGACUUUCCAUGUAGACAUCGUCUCCUUAAGUUGUGAGUGAUGUAUGUAGCAUGCUGUGAAGCACCUGUUCUAGUUCUUAACUCAUCAGUAUUAAUGCGGAGUUACCCUUUCGUUCCUUGGUACUUUAUAUUCGAUAUAAUCAGAAGCUGUGAUAUAUCCUUUCUAGUCCCGUGCUUUGUUGCUGUAAAUUUCCUUAUGAAGCACGUGACUUUGGACUCAUGUAAGAUGGAUGAUCUUGAAGACUGCUACACACACACACACACACACACACACACACACACACACACACACA